UGAGGCGUCGUCCAAUGAGUACCUCCAUUGAAGAACAAUCGCACCCACGAUGGAUCAACUCCGACUUCUUGCAGGCUGCUCUGAAACAGGAAGAACCUCCGGGAGAAGACAUAAUAGAAUCGAUAAGUGUUGAAAAUGCGUGCCCAGAAGGUUCCGGCUAUAUCAGCCGCAUCUUCAGAGUGGCUGUCUGCACCAGGGUCAAAGGAACGUCCGAGCGUGCAGAGAGACGCCUGAUAGUGAAGUGCUCUGCCGACGAAGGGCUGGUGAAGGCCGAGGCGGACAAGGCAGGGGUGUUCAGGGUGAAGUCCCUGGCACUGGGCAGCGUGAUGCCGGAGGUCCACAGGCUCCUGGCAGCUGUCGAAGGGAGCGCUUUCCGCCCCCUGGCUGCGCGCUGCCUCCGCUGCGGCGACCUCCCGGCGGACUUCCUGGUGCUCGAAGACCUGGCCGCCGAGGGUUUUGUGAUGGCGGAAGCGGGCCGCCCGCCGGACUGCGAGCACUGCGCAGCCGUGCUGAAGGCCUACGCACGUCUCCACGCCGCUUCGGCGAGCGUCCUCAAAGAUCGCGCCGACUGCAGAGAACGUCUGAGGGUAGACCCACUGGCCAGCGUGCGGGAUUACAUGCUGCUGCUGACGGGGGGCACAUUCAGGGCUCUGGCGGACCAACUGAGAGCGUAUCCCGAGUACUCCAAGUACGCCGACGGGUACUUACAAAUCAGGGAGGAUACAGUGGAUCGAGUAUUGGAGGAGCGGAGCAAUAAAGACGUCCACCUGCUGGUAAUGCUCCACGGAGACUGCUGGAUGAACAAUAUCAUGUUCAAGUACGACGCAGGGGAAGUAGUUGAUCUUAGGUUCGUCGACUUUCAGCUGUCGACGACGGGCAGCCCCGCUGUGGACGUGCAGCACUUCCUGUACGGCAGCGCCAGCGAGGAGGUGCACCGGCGGCAGCUGGCCGACCUGCUGACGUUGUUCCACGGCGAGCUGCAGAGCACGCUGCGCGCCCUCGGUCUGGCCGCCGAAGCGGACGCCUACCCGCUGGACGAGUUUCUCGAGGACAUGGAACGAACCGCUCCAGUCGGUCUCUUAUACAGCACCUUCAACGUCGUUUUCCUCUCUUCGGGGCCCCUGGCAUCAGAAAUCAACAAGUUUUUAAACAAUAAUAAGUACUCGGGACAACUUUUUGCGAAGGCCUAUGCAAACCCGUACUCUCUCUCCUUUCUCAAAUACCUUGAAAGGCAUCAGCAAGGGGCCAACUUUUUUGGAACACUGCUUACUUGGAUGACAUUCAUCUACUUGAAGGCCUUCAAGUAA